GCCCGAACUGUUUGUUAUCAAGUGUAUGUUUUCAGCAUUUCUCCACUUAAGACACGCAAAUUUGUGUCGAUGGUAACAUUUAUUGUGUUUGUCACGAGGUAUUAGGUUUUUGCAUUCGAUUUUAUCGACAUAUUGAGAAAUUAUUUUUUGAUAUUGAAUUUGACCUUAUGAAGAAGAACUCUGAGCUGUACGUAUGUUCUCAUAAAAGCUCAGAGUAUUCAAGAAGAACUACAGUUUGAUAAAGUUCCGGAUUUAAACAUACGCAUUAGAAAAAUGGAAAGCUUUGAAAAGAUCAAUCAAAAUAUCAGGACCGUGUUCCGUAGCGGCCGGACCAAGUCGUUAGAAUGGAGGCGGGCACAGCUGAUGUCUCUGCUAAAAAUGUUGGAUGUCAACAGAGAAAAGUUCUCACAGGUCUUGAAGGAAGAUUUGAAUAAGUGCAAAUCUGAAGGGCUCCUGUUUGAGAUAGACUUUACGAGAAAUGCUUUAGUAGACAGUAUCAACAAGUUGAAAAAGUGGACAACACCAAAAAAGGCAAAGAAAGGUCUGUUGUACACGAUGGACAAAGCCUACAUUCGCAAGGAGCCGUUUGGUGUGGCCCUCAUAAUUGGUGCCUGGAACUACCCCGUCCAGUUGACUAUAUUACCAAUGGUUGGUGCCAUAGCAGCGGGUAACUGUGUGGUAUUGAAACCCUCUGAAAUAUCUUUGAACACUGCUGCACUUUUAGAAGAGCUUGUGCCAAAGUACCUUGAUCAGGAAGCUGUUCAGGUGGUAAAUGGGGGAAUUCAAGAAACGACCGCACUUCUGAAGGAGAAAUGGGACUACAUAUUCUACACAGGCAACUCCAUGGUGGGCAAGAUCGUGAUGAAGGCUGCGGCAGAACACCUUACCCCUAUUACAUUGGAGCUUGGCGGGAAAAGCCCGGUGUAUGUUGACGAAGGUGUAGACCUUGGUAUUGUGGCUAACCGUAUAAUGUGGGGCAAAUGUACUAACGCAGGGCAGACAUGUGUGGCACCGGACUAUGUGAUGUGCUCCAAGACAACACAGGAGGCUUUGACAGAGGCUAUAAAACAAACACUGCAGAAUUUCUACCCGGACGGACCAGCCAAAUCUCCUGACUUUUGUCGUAUUGUGUCUGACAAACACUACCAGCGAGUUAAGAAAUGCAUCCAAGGAGGCGGGACAGUAGCAGUUGGCGGUGACGUGAAAGAUGAAGAGCGUUACGUCUCUCCUACUGUGCUAGUGGACGUCAAAUUCUCCGACUCGAUCAUGCAAGAUGAGAUAUUUGGUCCAAUCCUGCCAAUAAUUCCUGUUGAAAAUGAAGAUGUUGCCAUAAACUUCAUCAAUACAGGACCAAUAGGAAAUACCCCUCUCACACUGUACGUUUUCUCCAGUAAUACCGAACUACGAAACAAGAUCAUGAAAGAAACGAAUUCCGGAAGCGUCUGCUUUAAUGAUACAUUAAGUCAGUGCAAUUUACCAUCCCUGCCAUUCGGAGGAGUGGGAAACAGCGGUAUGGGUGCUUACCAUGGCAAAUACAGCUUUGACACCUUCUCACACAAGCGUUCUAUUUUAGAACGAGAAUUAAAGAUGGAGGGAAUGAACGACGCGAGGUAUCCUCCACACACAGACGACAAGUAUGCAAAGGCUGCCUGGUUCUUAGGCUCUGGUAAGCAGCCUAAAACCGGAUGGUUCUGGUAGUCAUGGAAACAGUUGCCAAUGAAAACGAGUUAGACAUUUAUUAAGUUCGUAUAAAACGAAUUAAACCCGUUUAGCUACAUUUUGUUUUUCUUUAUGUAUAUCUUGCUGUCAUUAUUGGUCUUUAAAAAUGUGUAAGAUGUGUUUUUAUUUUCUUUCGAUUUAACUUGCAAGAUAUGUGGGAACAUCCGAUAUAAGGAUAACAAUGCUAUCAUGAUUUGAAUUGAAAAGUAUAUAGUAUUUUUGAAUACGUCCUUACAUCUGAGUUUGUCUGUAGCUCCUGCAGGAAAUGAGAAGAUUAAAAUAUACCAUACAAUCGUUUGAUAAAUACUUGGACUCGUCGCUUGACUGUUUUAUAUUCAACCAUUUAGCUUCUUAUACAUAAAUUAUCAUCAAGUAUUAUUGUUAAUUUUGUAUUGCUUCCAUAUUGUCCGUCCUUUGAAAUCAAAUGUUUACAUUGUAUGUUAUGUAUAAAUGCGCUUUUAAAUUGUGACUUUCGUUUCUUUAUUGGUAAAAAUAGUGUAUACAAUAGUUUGUUAACAAUUUGCAAAAAUAUAUUUCAUAACCUAAAAUCUAUAUUUUCCCAGAGCAAAUAAAGACAUUUUAAAGACAACAUUUUUAAGAAAGCGUGUUUAUGAAUUAGUAAUCGCAACUUUGGAUUUGUUUCUUAAUUUGGUUUAGAAAAUAUUAAAGUUAAAAUCUAAACAGUAUAAUCUUAUUACUACGUAAAUAUUCACUGUAUAACGAUUUGUGCUUGCAAAUACUUUAUGUGGCUCCUCAUGAUUUUUAAUCGAACAAGUCAGCGUUCAGAGUGGAUCUUGCUUUAGAUAAACGAUUUGUUGAAUUUUUUUUUACGAAAACAAUCAUUCGGCUUAUUUGUUUACAGACAUAUGAUAUAUGUGGACAUAUUGAUAGACUGGAAAAUGCUUUAUCACUUAAACAGUCAUCUAGUGGAAAUACUGCAAUAGAAUCAUUUAAUUGUAUUGCAAGCAAAUCUUGAUAUAUAAAACGCAGAUUUGCCGAAUAACAAUAAAAAUACAUGUUAAGCUUAGUAUUUAAGUGACCUUUUCUGUUCUCUGAUGAUGUUUAAUAAUUUUGGAGAUGAUUUAUUUGUGGUUUUUGAUUGACACGAACAUUUCCAAAACGUUUAAUUGCAUAAGUCUGAAGCAAACAUUUUCUUUUUUCCGUAGUGUUUUAAAAUUUGUUUUUCUAUUUGUCUUAUGUUGUGUUUUUGAUACUUCAUAAAACUUCAAUAUCAAUUCCUAUAGAUCAACAUAUAUCCUUAGUGUCAGAGUUUACUGAAUCAAAUAUGAUACAAAAGACAAGUGUCAGAUCAAUUAUAUUUACUCGGCCUUUUUUUAAUCGUUUAGUGAGAUCGCUUCAAAUUAGUUUAGUAAUAGUUCUCAAUACAUAUAACAUAAUAAUAAUUUGAAUAAACACAUUUUAAUACUAA